CUACUUUAACCCGCGACAAUAUUAGCGACGUAUGCCGGAUGUUAUUUUUUUGUACAAAAAAUGGUGACAGUCGUCCGACAGACGAGUCGUCGAUGCGCGAAAUGUUUCGAGUUUUCGAAAUGACUUAUCGCUUUAUUGAGAAACAUCGCGCCGAUGAACGAUGACACAAUUCCUUCGACUGUGCAAACCGGAAAUCUGUUACGUAGCCACCAGAAGUUAUGGAACUCGAAGGUACCAGCAGAAUCAUUAUGAAAUCUUAAACGUUUCACCCGAUGCAUCGCAGAAAGAGAUCAGACAUGCUUUUAUCAGAUUGUCAAAACAACUGCAUCCCGAUACUAGUGGCAAACAAGGUCAUACUGAUUUUGUAAAAUUGAACGAGGCAUACAAGAUUCUGGGUAAAGAAAGUACGAGGCGCCAAUAUGAUUUUGAGUUGAAGUAUAAUAGAUACAACCCAUCCUAUACACAUAACUCACAAAACACGCAAUAUGGGAGUCAAUGGGAAUACGAAGUACGUGCAGCAGGAGGACCAUGGCCACCACCUCCGAACAAGCCAAAUGCACUCUUUGGCUUACUAAUAGCCCUUGCAUGUAUUGGAUUAGGAUUGCUGCAAGCCAUUUUCUUCCUCUAUUCUAUGAAUGUAAGAAAAAGAGUAAUUUUACGAAAUGCUAAAAUUGAGAACGAAUAUCAACAAAUUCGAGACUCGGCACGUAACCCCGAUGAUCAGUUUUUUGUAAAAGAUUUUAAUUCUGUAGAGGAUUUUAACGAGUAUCUGAUUAAAGACGACAGCGAAUGUUAGCAAGAAUUUUACUAGAAAUUAAAAAAUAGCAGUAUUAGAGA